AAUAGAAGAUUUCUCGUCAGCGUACAUUCACGCGUAUGCCCGACAGCUGUCAGGUGUCAAAAAUCUGCCAAUUCAGUAAAGUUUUAAAAAGAUGCUUCAUUAGAUAAAUACCGAAAAAUGGACCAUAUUUUCACCAUUAAUAAGAAAAUAAAUAAAUCGGUGGACACCAGCAAGCAUCUAUCAUUCACCAAACUCGAGAAGUCAACCUUAUGCUCGAUUUCAAGCUCCAACGUUGUUGCUUUCAGCACGGAAUGCAAUAUCGAAGAAGCGGGUUCCCUCUUUUGGAACUCUAAUGUCUACGUCUGCGAUUUAAACAGUCCCUGGCAGGUCCACAAAAUAUUAUCAAACUCUUCCCCCAUUUCGGUGCUCCAGUGGGACUUUACGGGCGACCUUCUGCUAGUCGCGGACGAAAACGGCUCGAUAAAAAUUUACAAAGCUAAAGACCACAUCCUAAAUGACUGGACCCUUGUCCUCCAGACUGUCCUAGAAGGGGAGCACAUUCUGUCAGCGGCGUUUUUCCACUCGGGCAAGAAAAUCUGCCUCAACUCUGAGAAAAAAGACAGCGCUUUGUACACGGAAAAGUUUCACCAUGUCAAGUUUGCCUGCUCUGUUAAACAGUUUGGGGGGCGCCCUGCCAGUGGGGCCCUGCUACUCACAACGACGGGAAUGUUGUGCUCGAUUUUACUCCCCCAAAGCACGAGCCAGGUCGCAAUGGUCAUGGCGACAGAAAGCCUGGCCCCUACUAGGAUUUUUAUCAAAGCUGCUGAUAUUUGCUAUGGCAAAAACGGUCAUUUUUUGCUCGCUGUGAGUAACGGAGACUUAUCAAUGCCUAUUCAGUGUUAUAAAGUCUCUGUCAGGAAAGCUGAAGAUAAGUGUGUCAUCACAAGCCAGUCUUUACUCAGUUUUUUUCUAUUUGAGGCGCCUAAGGAAGCAUUAAUGGAACAAGUUUCCAAAGAAAAAAAUUGCCACAUAAGUCAUAUCAAAUGGAUAAUGAGAGAGGACGCAGAUUCGGUGGUUGUUUCAGCCACUAGUGAUAAAAUAAGCUGUUUGCAAGUGUGGGAAUUGAGAGAGAAGGCUUUGCCGGUUCACAAAUCACUAGGAAAAUCUGAAACUCCCCAGUUUUUUAACACUGUCUUGUGGCAAUACCAGUGCCACUUCCAGUAUAACAGCAAGGUCACUUCACUAGCUACAAGUAAACUAAGUCUAUUAAAUAAUGUUUCAAGUGGUUAUGUCGUGGCCACAUUUGCCGACAAUUCCAUCCAUUGCCUCUACAGAGACACUCUAAAACAUUUGGUCAGCACCACUUUGACCAUUUGUCCGCGUUAUUUUGACGAACCUCUCGCCAGAUACCCCAAAACUAGCAUCAAAAUCUCAAACAUUGACAUGUCCUGGCUCGGCAAUAUUUUACUCGUGAUUGAUUCAGACGAUAGUCUGCAUAUGUUUAAGUUACCGCCCCAAAUCGACAGCUCAACGCCUCUAAGUGUACCUUACUGUACCACGAUUUUAGAGUAUUGCAUGAUGAGCGGUUUUGAUUGGUUAGACUUGUUGCUAGUGUUAAGACCUGGAAUGUUGGACGCGAUAUGUGACCGACUCACCGAAAGUUUUAAUCGCCAGCCCUCGGCAGUGCAACAGUUUUUCUACGUGCAGUAUUUGUGCAUGAAAAUAUCGCUAUGCAGGUUGAGCGUUCAAGGCCAAGUGAAGGCUCACGAUCUGGCUCAAUUCCUGAUGCUUCACAGCAUAUCUACAGCCUUUAAAAGCCUUCUAAGACCAAGCGAGAUGAGCAGUCAUGACAAAAGUCCAGCUGAUUCCUUAGCAAAUGUAAUUGCGGAAGGACAAACCGACGUGGAUAAGGUUUUGAUGCAUCUCGAGGCGAAAGAAUUCACCGUUGAACCCUCAACUCUCCAAAGUUUGCAACAACUCAUCCAAUGGGUGGCCGACUUGGCUCUCAAUUUAUUGGUCAAAUUGCCAGAUAGUCGUCCUUCCAUGGGAAAGGUGUACGAGUUGUUGCGCGAUGUCAAAGCGUUGAAUAUGUUGAGAGAAAUGCUGGUUUUGAUCCGAAUCUGGGGGCUUUUGAGACCCGCUUGUCUCCCAGUUUUUAUCAAAUCGGAUGGAAGUUUGGACGUUUUGGCUCUUCUGUUCCGACUAUUAAGCCGAUUGGUCCAAAACGUGAACGAACCAGAUGAUACUUUAAUUGACGAAUGUUGCCUCCUUCCUAGUCAAGUCCAAAUUCAGCUUUUCCAGCCGAGCAAUAAUAGGGCCGUUUUGGCGUCCCCACAACUCGUCCAACAAAUUCUACCGUUACAGUUGGAGUAUAACAACGACCCUGAAUGUCUCAUGUCUUCGACCGACUCGGGGGCGACUCAGACAGUUGACUCAAUCAGGCAUUUGUAUCUGGGGCGCACUCCUAGGGCUAUUAAACAGUGUGUUAGGUGUGGGGGCUCUGCAGGGACGAUUCCGGUGACCCGGACUGCAGCAAUACGCGCGUGGGACCAGCGGUGGCUCCGCUCAUGCCAGUGUGGAGGCCUCUGGAGGAUGCAAGUUUACACAUGAAUUUGAGGCAUCGCAAAUGUGGUACUGAUUGUGUAAGAGGUUGAAAAUGAUUUAAUUUUAUAUGAACGACUUGUAUAAAUAAAGAUGUAAGGAUG